AUGUCUUCUUCAUGGAAUACGAAUUGUUUCACGAGCCAAAAUCGGUACCGACGAGCCCGACGCCGUCGAGAAAUUGUCGUGCGGCCGCUUCAUCCGUUUCGAGCAGAUCCUGGCAGGGGAGCCUUCAAGGACGUCUACAGGAGCUUCGAUCGGCUUACUGGAGUCGAUAUCGCCUGGAAUCAGAUCUGCCUCGGUGACCAUGACGACAAAACCCUAAAAAUUCCCCAAAAAAUUAGGUCGUUUGUGUGCCGAGACCGUCCUGUUGAACUCCCUCUCCCACGAAAACGUCAUGAGGUGCUAUUCUUACUGGGUCGAUUACCCGAACAUGACGGUGAACCUGAUAAUCGAGCUUUUCUCCUCCGGGAGCCUAAAGAGAAGGCCUUCGCUACCUCCACCCAAACUCCCUGCAUCGUCCACCGGGAUUUAAAGUGUGACAACAUAUUCAUCGACAUCACCAGGCACCAGUGGCAAGGUGAAGAUCGGAGAUUUCAGACUGGCCAUCAAAAUGAAGUCUGCUCCGGCCACUGUCCUCGCAGGAACGCCGGAAUUCAUGGCCCUGAGUAUUAUGCCGAGGAGUACAAUGAGCUCGUGGAUGUGUACGCAUUUGGUUUGUGUUUGAUGGAGAUGAUGACUUUGGAGUAUCCUUAUUGCGAGCACGAACCCGGCCAAGAUUUUCAAGAAGGUCUCGAAUGGCGUGAAGUCGACUGGUCUGGAGAGAGUGAAGGAUUUAAGUGA